AUGCCAUUGAAAACAUACUUAUUAAAUAAAGUUUUCAAUCGAAAGUGUCGUCUCAAUGGUAUCUGGCCAUCUGCUCGUUUGCCACAUAAGCACAAUCUACGUCAAGCCUUUAAUAAUCGUUUAAUCUACAGUCCCGAAGAUCUUCCACCGAAAGUUGACCUACGGAAUGAUAUGACAACUGUCGAAAAUCAGUCAAGUAUCGGCAGUUGUUCGGCUAAUGCUCUCGCCGGAGCAUAUGAGUAUUUAGCAAAAAAACAUCAUGGUGAAAGCAUCGAUGUAAAAUAUGAUCCAACAACAUUGACCUGCUAUAUACACUUACAAUGCUAUAGUGACUCUUCAGCGGUAUGUCUUGAUUGGAGUGAUAUAUGUGAUGGUGUUGCUGAUUGCCAAAAUGGAAUUGAUGAAGAGCCUUGCUGGAAACUGGAAUUGAACACAUGUGAAGAUAAUGAAUAUCAAUGUGUUAAUGGUCAAUGUAUUCCUAGAAUAUUUCAUCGUGACGAUAGUAAUAUUUUUGAAUGCGUCGAUCAAUCAGAUGAAAGUAAUAUAAAAUAUGAAUUCUUCAAGAGUGUUACAAAUGCACCAACGUUUGCGUACGAAGAUAUAGCAUGUUCUCUAAGACGAUUACCACACAAAGUAAAGUUCACGAGUUCAUGUCUAGAAAAACGUGAUAUAUUACUCUUAAAAGCGAUGUUCUCCUAUACACCAAAGUCAGUAUCUACUGAAUGUUGGUCUGCAUUCAAAUGUCUUUUAGGCAUUCCAUAUCAAUCAGAUGCAACAUGUUCGUCUCUUUGUAAAGAUCUUGAAUGUCAAAAUAUAAUUAAUAGAACUUGUUCAGAAAUGUUGUAUAUGCCAUGGGCACCAGCUUUCUUUGGCCAUAUACACUUUGUCUACAUAAUCGAAGAUCUCAAGAAACCUUAUUACAAAACAACAUCACCACAGUAUGUAUGCUAUAAUGAUCAAUUAUGUGGAGGAUUCAUGCCUACUGAAACACUGUUAUCAUUGCAAAAUAGUACAUGUCGUCGUCCUAAAGAUUUUCCAUUACGAUUUACAUCACAUGGAUUUGUAAGAGGCAUCUGGAAGGAUAUGUAUAUCAUGCCAUUACAUGAACAUCUUUAUCAAUGUAAUACAGUAGUUUACAAUGAUCCUGCAAUUUGUAGCAGUUCGGGAAUGCAUCAAUGUAUCAAUUCGUCGAAAUGCAUCUCAAAACGUCGCGUUUGUGACGGUAAAAAGGAUUGUAAUUAUGGCGAUGAUGAACAAUGUAGUGGAAUUCCGCUAUCUUGUGUGGGACAUGGAUCUAAUAAGCCAUUGAAAUGUACGGCAGCGGGUUGGUGCAUUCCUCCAUAUCGUGUUAACGAUGGAGUUUGCGAUUGUCCAAAAGAUCAAUACGGUCUAUGCGAUGAUGAAGACUCCGAUAAGCAUUUCAUGAGAAAACAUAUCUAUUUUCCAACGAUUUGCGAUGGUUUUACAGAACUCAUACCUAUCAUCAUCGAUGGACGAAAUGAAACUGACGAAACAGAUUGUGAACAUUGGCAAUGCAAUAACACUUAUACGAGAUGUGAUGGUUUUUGGAAUUGUUUCAACGGAGCAGAUGAAAUAGAUUGCGAUCCAUCACCACCAUUGAAUUGUCCACACUAUCAUCAUGUAUGUGUUUCACCAAAGACAAAUCGAUUUAUGUGUUUGCCGCUCGAUAAAGCUAAUGAUGGCAUCAUUGAUUGUCUUGGUGCUCUCGAUGAACCAAAGCUAUGUCGACAAAACAAUUAUGAACCAAAUGAUCAGACAUUUCAUUGCACAAAUCACAUCGACGACGCUUGUGUCUCUCUCAGUACGUUAUGCGUUCAAAGUCAAUGUGCAAACCAGACUGAUACACAAUUUUGCUAUUCGAAUAGAAAUGUGACUUCUUUCAAACCUUUUUGUGACGAAAUAUAUCGGUCAAACCGUUCUGAUGUCGAAAACUUUCUUUGUGACCAUCUCGACGAUACUCGUAAACCAUCAAUUUCACAUUUUUCACUUAAUGAAAACAAAAAUUUACCCCCACCAAGAACGCAAAAAGGUACCGAUGUCAUAGUCGUUGAUUCUCCUACUUUAGCAACGACUCGUCAAUAUCAUCAACACUGUCAUCGCGGUCUGGCCUUGCAUGUGUGGUUAGAUAGUGAAAAGAACUCAAGUGAAUUAACAUGCCUUUGUCCACCUAGCUUUUAUGGAAAUAUAUGUCAAUAUCAAAAUCNAUUAUAUUGCCACUUUUCUUUACCCAAGUGCAAAAAGACAUUAAGUAAUAGAUUACGUGAAGAAAUCUAUAAUGAUACUCGUAAAAUUAUGAAAACGAUUGGAAUUCAUGAAGAACAAUCAUCUUCAUCAUCUACGACAACUGCAAAGACUGUGAAAAAUGGAAGAAAGAAAAAGAAGAAAGAUUUUAUUCUACCUGGUAAUGUUAUGGAAGAAUUUGCAGGAAAUAUCGAUGAAGACGAUGAUGAUAAUUGUGAUGAAGUCGAUCGAUAUAUUAACACCAAACUUCCAAUUUCGAAAGAUGAAUCAUUAUUGGGAUGGUGGGAAAAGCACUCUUUGAUAUUUUCUCAACUUUCCUUGUUAGCAAAGUCAUUACUUGGUGUUCCAGCAAGCUCUGCUACAUCUGAGCGUGUGUUCAGUGCGUCAGGCCGGAUUUCAGAAAAAAGAAGACAAUCAUUAGAUCCCGAUAUUGUAGAUGAUAUUUUGAUGAUUUGA